GUCAAGUAUGUAAUGAGUUUUUUUUCCCCACAGAACAAAAUGCGCUGCCUAUUUCUACUGGUUGUAGCUUUGUGUCUCGAUGAUUGUUGGGGACGUCGUCUGCUCAAGAAUACAGCAUUUAAUUCCUCUGCUCUAUCAAGGUAUGCCAAGAAACGCACAAUGGCAUCAACAACGCCAAAGUACUAUGGUUGCUUUGAAGGCUCGCGUUUGUCAUUCCAGACCACCCAGCUUAAUAUGAACAACAACAAUGAUAUCUGCCAAGAGUUUUGUAAGAAUGCCGGCUACAUGUUCUCUGCUACUCACAAGGAAACUUGUGGAUGUUUUUCAAAGCAUCCAUUGAAUGAGGUUUCGGGACCACAGCACGGUGCAGAUACAGUUCGAGUAAUGAAUGAUGGCAAAAAGUGUAACAUUGUUUGCCCAGGAAAGAAAGGUGUUGGUCAGUGCCUUAAAGAGGCCAAUUGCUGCGGAGGUGAUUUGACGUAUACGGUCUAUCAAGUUGGAGGAGUGAACAAAAAACGCUGUUCUACAGCCCUACUGGAGGAACUGCAAAAAAACGGUGUUGAUUUGGCUAAGUCUACACUGCCUACACAAUGCCCUGAACCUGCAUCCAAACGAACUGAGAUGUCAAAAGAUUGUAAUGGAAUUGUAAUGGAUCCGAGUACGAUAGAAAAGGACGAGAAAUGUGAUGAAAAUUACGACACGUUACCUAAGCCUUGGGCGUGUUGUAGCCCUUGUUGUGACUGGCUAGUAAAGUUCUUGUGUAUCGAUGGCACUGUGGUGAAGUGUAUUGAUAAAUGA